CAAUAUUUGUUAGUGUCACUGUAUCUGAGCUCUUCCUGUAGUAGCUCUACUCGUCCAUUGGGGGCGCGCUGUCAAUCAAACUCUAAAUCUGUCGAGAUGGUCAUGGCGGAGGGCACAGCUGUUCUGAGGAGGAAUAGACCAGGCACCAAGGCGAAGGACUUCUAUAACUGGUCUGAUGAGUCUUUUGAAGAGAUGGACAGCACCCUGGCAGUGCAACAGUAUAUUCAGCAGAACAUCCGCUCAGAUUGUUCCAAUAUAGAGAAGAUUAUGGAGCCCCCAGAGGGACAGGAUGAGGGGGUGUGGAAAUAUGAACAUCUCAGACAGUUCUGUUUGGAGCUCAAUGGCUUGGCAGUUAAACUGCAGAAUGAGUGUCAUCCGGACACAUGUACCCAGAUGACGGCCACUGAGCAGUGGAUCUUUCUGUGUGCUGCCCAUAAGACUCCCAAAGAGUGCCCUGCCAUUGACUACACAAGGCACACCCUCGAUGGAGCUGCGUGUCUUCUCAACAGCAACAAGUAUUUUCCCAGCCGCGUCAGCAUUAAGGAAUCAUCUGUGGCCAAACUGGGCUCUGUUUGCCGUCGCAUCUAUAGGAUCUUCUCCCAUGCUUACUUUCACCACCGCCAGAUUUUUGACAAGUAUGAGAAUGAGACUUUCUUGUGUCACCGCUUCACUCGUUUCGUGAUGAAGUACAACCUCAUGUCUAAGGACAACCUCAUUGUGCCCAUCCUGGAAGAGGAAGUCCAGAGUGCCACUGCUGGGGAGAGUGACGCCUGAGCCGUAUCUUGUGCAUUUUCAGCCUCUAGCAUCCAGACAGCAAAGGCGUGCAACUUUAGUCAUUUGUUACUUUUCCACUCACUAAUGCUUUGUUUGAUCCAAAUCUCAUCGUUCAGCUGUAACAAUCAAAACAUAACAUCAGCAGUUCCUUGUACAUAUCUCACUCCAUCUCCAUUGUAAAUCCUGCUUAACCAAUAAGAAUUUCUUUCUUUUUUUCCCUUCUCUCGACUAUAAACGAGUCUGGUGAUAUUCACCCUGUCUUUUCUCUCGUUGUUAAGUUAUUACAUGGGUGGAGGGCUCAUAUCUGGCCCACUUUGUCCUUUUUUUUUUUUUUUUAAAUGAACUAAAAUGUAUGGUAUUUUCAUUAUGUCAAUUGUUAAUAAAAGACUUGUACCUAG